ACCACCACGACUUUGCUGCUGGCAUCUCGGCCACAAUGGAAAGGAAAAUAUUGAGUCAGGAGUGUGACAAGAUUUGAGACUGAGAGCAAGUUCACCAGACGCUGCCUUGCACACAUUGGUGAAGGAAACCAUGAGUGCCAAGAGUGUGGGGAAAAACUCCCUGGGAAGGCCGACCUCAACAAAUACACCCACACCCUCCGGUGGAGGACCUCAUGAAUGCCAUCACUGUGGCAAAAUUUUCCGUUACAAGAGUCGACUCAUCAGACACACCUUUUUACACACUGGUGAAAGACCUCAUGAAUGCCAUGAGUGUGGCAAAAGGUUCAGUUUAAAGGGUAACCUUAACAAACACACCCUUUCACACACUGGUGAAAGACCUCAUGAAUACCAUGAGUGUAGCAAAAGGUUCCCUGCGAAGAGUAGCUUAUACAGACACACUCGUGUACAUACUGAUGAAAACACUCCUGAAUGCCAUGACUGGCGAAAGGUUCAAUCAGAAGGAGGCCAGCUCUACACGGUCUCCACGUCCAGCCCAGCCGGGUCUCCACCCAGUCUCUACCACCUCCUAGAGCCCCUGCAACCCACUUAUACCAGUCUCCUUCAGUCCAGCCCACUUCUACCAGUCUCCUCCAGUCCAGCCCACUUCUACCAGUCUCUUCCAGCCCAGCCCACUUCUACCAGUCUCCUCCAGCCCAGCCCACUUCUACCAGUCUCCUCCAGCCCAGCCCACUUCUACCAGUCUCCUCCAGCCCAGCCCACUUCUACCAGCCUUCUCCAGUCCAGCCCACUUCUACCAGUCUCCUCCAGCCCAGCCCACUUCUACCAGCCUCCUCCAGUCCAGCCCACUUCUCCCAGUCUCCUCCAGCCCACCCCACUUCUCCCAGUCUCCUCCAGCCCCGUGACGCCCCUCCCGUAAGACUCGAGGGUUGCCCUGCUCCUGGGUUCCUGAGCUGCCUUGUCAAAGUCCAAAGACUCUCCAUGUUUGUGAGUUUUUUGUUUUUAUGUGUUUGUGUG